AGUCUUAAUGGGUUGCCUCCAGCAAUGGUAGGCACAGCUCCCAAGAAGAUAGGAAAGAACCUGCAGAGAGAAAAUCAACACUUCCUCUACUGUGGAAUCAAAGCAAUGGAAUUGUCAGACAGUGACCGACCAGUUAGCUUCAGCUCAACGUCUUCCUCAGCAUCCUCCAGGGAUAGCCACUGUUCCUGUGGUAGCAGAACAACCUUGGUUUCCAACAGUCAUCUGGGUUUGUUCAAUGAGGAUAAGGAAGUGGGGGCCAUAAAGUUGGAGCUGCACCCAACCCAACAAUUUCCCAGCAAAGACCUAAGAAAAAAUAACCCCAUCAAGGAACAACUCUCUGAUGGAAAUCUUGGAAGAAAGACAAAUAUGCCACGAAAACCUGAAACAAAGGAAAACAACAAAAACUGUGUCAUGUCACUGAUUGUUGAGUCUACAAGUCCAAAACUCCUGUAUGUCGACAGAGUGGUCCAAGAAAUUCUAGAGACCGAAAGAACGUACGUGCAGGAUUUAAGAAGUAUUGUGAAAGAUUACCUUGAUUGUAUCACUGACCAAUCCAAGCUGUCUUUGGGUACAGAGGAGCGAUCGGCUUUGUUUGGAAACAUAAAAGAUAUCUAUCAUUUCAAUAGUGAACUUCUGCAAGAUUUGGAAAACUGUGAAAAUGAUCCUGUAGCUAUAGCGGAAUGUUUUGUUUCUAAGAGUGAAGAUUUCCACAUAUAUACACAGUAUUGUACCAAUUAUCCAAGGUCAGUGGCUGUACUCACCGAAUGCAUGAGGAACAAGUCCCUAGCCAAGUUUUUCAGAGAAAGACAAGAAGCUUUACAGCAUUCUCUUCCUUUGGGAUCCUAUCUUUUAAAGCCUGUUCAGAGAAUAUUGAAAUAUCAUUUACUUUUGCAUGAGAUAGAAAACCAUCUUGACAAGGACACUGAAGGUUAUGAUGUUGUGUUAGAUGCCAUAGAUACAAUGCAGAGAGUGGCAUGGCAUAUCAAUGAUAUGAAGAGGAAGCAUGAACAUGCCAUUAGAUUACAGGAAAUACAAAGCUUACUUACGAACUGGAAAGGCCCAGACCUUGCGAGCUAUGGAGAGCUGGUGCUAGAAGGAACCUUCCGUAUCCAGAGAGCCAAAAACGAGCGCACGUUGUUUCUCUUUGAUAAGCUGCUGCUUAUUACAAAGAAGAGAGAGGAGACGUUUACUUACAAAGCUCAUAUCUUGUGUGGAAAUCUUAUGCUGGUAGAAGUCAUACCGAAAGAACCUCUUAGUUUCAGCGUCUUCCAUUAUAAAAAUCCCAAGAUGCAGCAUACUGUUCAGGCAAAAUCACAGCAAGAUAAGCGCCUUUGGAUUCUUCAUUUGAAAAGAUUAAUUCUAGAAAACCAUCCUGCUAAAAUUCCAGCUAAGGCCAAGCAAGCAAUUCUUGAAAUGGAUGCAAUUUAUCACCCAGGGUUCCAUUACAGCCCAGAAGAAAUGAAAGCUUCAAGUAACUCAAAAGAGGGCAUGACUCCACAAAGGAUAAGAAGGAAAUCAGAACCUUCUUCCAGAGUUCAUAAAAUCACAAAAUCAAGUGAAAUGGACCCAAAUUUGCAAAAGCGGAUGAGUACUGAAGGAGCCCUGCUAUCUCAGGCUGAGUUGUUCCUCAAUCCCAGGAAGAAUCAUUCACUGAAUUGCCAACGGCUGGAUUCAAAUGAAGCAGCCUAUAGCAGUGGUCAGCAGAAUAAUAUCCUCACAGAUGUAACAGAUCAGACGGAUGCUGAUGAUGAAGAAGAGAAUGAACAAAACUCCCAAAAAUGUACAGAGGAAGCUCCUUCCCAGAUGAACACAAAGCUUUCAUUUUCCUGCAAUGGGGAUCGUCAGUUAUCUGAACAAUUUACUCCCCAAAACAACUCAUUUGUGGCAAAUAUUUUGGGGAGAACAGCUGCAGUGAGAAAUAUCUGGACAGACCAUCAGAUUCGGCAAGCAUUGUUCCCAAGUAGACGUCCUCUGCAAGACAAUAUAGAUGAUGAUGAUGAUGAUUACCAAAUGUUCAUGCCAUCAGACUCCACAUCCAAUUUAACUUCCAUUGCGUGUGAAGAAAGGAUCCCAUCAAACCGCCCUUGCAGCUGGCAUGUGGGACUAGUUCAUCAAAAUGAUAUUUCCAACCUGAAUUCUCAUAGAAUUAUGAGGCGGGCCAGCAGCGCUGGUGAAAGUAAAACUGGAGCAAGAUAUAGAAAGAAUUACCAUGAUCAAAGUGCCUCUUGGAAUGAAAUUAAAAACUCCAGAAGCGACAUGGACAAUCUUCAAGAAUGUCAGGAAUCUUCAGAAGAAUUGACUAUAGAUGAUAUAGAUCAUGUCUAUGACAAUAUAAGUUUCGAAGAUUUGAAGUUAAUGGGGCUGGUUCAGAGGGAAGAGUCCAUCCGUGCACCACAAGGGUCAGCUAAAGAUUCACUCUAUGAGACAUAUGACCAAGACUAUUCUUUCAAAAAAACUCAAGCAUCUCAAAACAGGACUUGUAUUCCUAGCAGAAAUGAAGCCGUUCACAGGAGAGAGGGUUCACCUGUAAGGUCAUAUGAGUUAAGGAUUAGUGAGGAGAAUAUCUAUGAUACCAUAGGCCUUCCAGAAGAAUCAGUGUCAAAUUUCAAAAGCGAUCACCUUAAAUGUUCCAAAAAGAGAAGUUUUCUGGGUAUGGAAACAGAUUUUGCAUGCUGUAACCAGCUCCGACAAUUUGUUUCUGAAGAAAGCCUCCAGUUCAGUGAAGAUGAAAAUCCCUAUCACUAUGUACCAUUAGAUCGUGGCUGCUUAAGUUUGGCGGAGAGUUCCUCAAAUUCUGAUUCACACUCUCACAAGUCUGUUGCAGAUAAAUUAUCAGAGGAAGUAGAUGAAAUCUGGAAUGACCUGGAGAAUUAUAUCAAGAAAAAUGAAGAAAAGGCACGAGAUCACGUCCUUGCGGCUUUUCCUGUCUGCGAAGAUGAGGUUGAUGAUCAAGUAUCUAGCAGAACAACAACUGGGCCAAAUAAAGAUAUAAAAUAUUCACUGACUAUGCUCCCACUACCGGAAAAAAGUGCUUUGUCAAAAACUUUGCCAAACAAGGUAGCCAGGUUAAGUGAAGCCAACAUUAAGUUUGAAGAGGCAGCAUCAUAUAAAGCAAAUUCACUAAUAGAUCUCAACAGAUCUUCCCUCUCAAAUGACAGAGGUUUUGCUGAUAGCCUUUAUGAAUCUCCCAAUAAUAUAUUUUGCACAGUAAAUACAAUAAAUAGUAAUGGUGAACUGGAUUCUGUGGAUAAAACAAAGAAUCGUGUUUUUAUGAUGGCAAGACAAUACAGUCAAAAAAUCAAGAAAGCAAAUCAGUUUUUGAAAGUAAAAAGUGCAGAGCAAGAGCAAUUUCUGAGUCGGCAACAGAAAUCCAAGCACAAGGACUUAGCAGCCAUUUUAGAAGAGAAGAAACAAGGUGGACCUGCCAUUGGUGCAAGAAUUGCUGAAUAUUCUCAACUAUAUGAUCAAAUUGUAUUCCGGGAAACUUCACCCAAAACACAGAAGAUUACUUCUCAAGAAACAAACAUAAGAUAUUCUUCACCUGUGUCCUCAUCUCACUUAGCUGCAGAAUGUUUAAAAGCUGAAAAUUGGCUUUUGCACUCAACAUAUAGUAAUGGAGAACUCUCUGAUUUUUCUCCUUGGCCAGAAACUCCUCACCUGAAGACAAAAAGCUCCCUUAUAGAAAUGGCGCCACCGCCAAAUGUGAGACCUGUAACCUGCUCAGUGCCUUCCUUUCAGACUCCUCUUUGUCCACACAUUCCUGCACAAAGGUGGAGUGCUAUUAUAAAUCAGCCCAAUAAAGAGAACUUGUAUCACAGCCACCUUUAUCAUUCUUUAGGGAGGACAGAGAGCAGUACAAAGCCACAGGAAUAUAGCAGAUCUCACUCCUCUUGCUCCAUUGUGCUUAACAAGUCUGAAGAAUUGAUAAAUUAUCCACCUGAAAUGAGGAAAAAGCAUUUGCAUUCCAACAAAAAAAUUCUGACUGAUCACUGUCAAGAAUCAGUAUCUGUUGCCACCCCUGGCCAUCUGAUAUCCGAUGGGACAAAGCAGACCUCAGAAAAUGUCUCCGAUGUUAUUCUACAAGAUUCUCAGAAAAUUCUGAGAGUUAAAAGGAACCUGCCUUCAAAUGCACACAUAGCAACCCACAAUUAUUUUAGUAAUUUCAAAGAUAAUGACAACGGAGAAGGAGAUGACGACGACUAUGUUGAAAUUAAAUCUGAAGAUGAGGGAUCCGACAUAGAGACUUUCUGUAACCAAACAAAGGACUUGUAUCCCAAAGCGCAUCCGCACUCUACUCCUUCAGAAACUCACAGUGGCAAAUUGCUGGAUCCUUCUAAGCUAUCAGAUUCUUUCUUGACAACAUGCGGCGAUUCGGACAAAUUGAACGAUUACUUAUGGAGUGUGCCAUCUAGUAAUCAGCCCAAUAUUGUCCAAUCCCUUAGGGAAAAAUUUCAGUGUCUCAGUUCAAGUAGUUUUGUUUAAUAUUGCCUUUCCCCCGAUUCUAUUGUUCAGCCUUAAUGUGAUACAGUAUGACCACCAGUUCUUGUAAGUCAGAUUGGUGUGUGUAUAUAUAUAUAUAUACACACACACCCACACACCUAUAUAUUUGUAAUUAUCAUUAUAGGAACAAUAUCUUGUAUGUAGUAUCUAUCAGAGCUGUCCACGUACACAAGAAUUUCAUAGAAAGAGAAACAAGAACAGUGGGAGAUCUUUAGUGGUUAAACUUUUAUGUAUUCGUAAUUUAUUUGCUUAAACACAGAAGAAUGAACUGCUUUGACUCAACUGAAAUGUACUGUGUUCUAUGUAUGUACUAGUUACGUUUCCACACAGUUCUAAUUAAGUAAAACUGCAAAUGGUACAGACCAAAUGGGUCUUUGGGAUCAAGCAAGAACAUUUUUCAGGAAUUCUAGUUUAGAAAAUCCCUUUUUCCCCAAUGCACUAAAUACAUUAUUUCUAUCCCACGUCCAAGCAAUCAUGUUUCCAACUCACAAAUUUGAUACCCACAAAUCAACAGCAGCCUAGGACCCACCUGCAAAGUCUUCAUACUAGCUUUGGCAUCAAUUUGAAGGAGUCUGGGCACAAGUUCCAAUCUCUGGCAUCCAGUCAGAGGACAUGUAUGCCCUUAUCAGUCUUAACAUCAAUGAUGCAAGUGGGUCUAGAGACAAAUUUAAAAUUAGACCAACCAACUAAAUAGCUUCUUCAGGUUGGAAUAGGUUUUUGUUUCCUGCUCAUUAUGCUAUACAUACCCGUUUUGUACAACGGCUUGGUGUGGCAAACCUUGGGGGGGGGGGGGAGUGAACACAUGAUCUAUACCAGGGGUCUCCAACCUUGGCAACUUUAAGCCUGGUGGACUUCAACUCCAAGAAUUAAUGGAGUUGAAGUCCGCCAGGCUUAAAGUUGUCUAGGUUGGAGAUCCAUGAUCUAUACAAUCAAAUUUCACAUGGACAGUAAUCUUAAGUAUCAACUGCAGUACAUUUUACUGAGCAGGAUUUGCCAUCAUUCCACUAAAAAGCAUAAUAGCAGUCAGAAUGACCUGGUGAUUUGGCAACACCAUCAAAUUAAUAAGUACAUAAUCCCUUCUGAUGCAAUAAGUACUGAAAGAGAUAUGGUCCCUGAAUUACUUUGAAAUGUGUCAUUCUGGUGUUUUUUCUUAGAAUGCUAGUUCUCUCUUAUUUUUCUUACUUCAGGAAGCUGCCCCGAUUUCAAUAGAAAAGCUGACAGCAGACCGAAGUAUGUCUAGUAGAGAUGAAAAAUAAGUUCAUAUGAAUUUAGGGAUUUAUUUAAUAAAAUGUGUAAAAUAAUAUAAAUAUAGUAAUAGGAAUCCAGAUACAGUAACAAAGUCAUGUCUGCUUUAUUAUACUGGAGGAUUUUUGUUAAUCUGAAAAAAUAGUGAAAUAUGUAACAUUUAGUCAUAUAAGAGACAAGCGUCAGUAUAUUUUGUGUACUUUUUAACCUUGCUGGCAGGGAAUAAAAAUAGCUGAUAUUCAAUAUGGAUUGAAUUCAAUCACUUAAGUCAUUGUUUUUGUAAAAGCAAAGGGAAUGAUGAUUUUCUGGUCUGGAUGAAAAAAUGCUGAGGAACCCCACCUCCGACUUUUUUAUAUAGUUUGUGAUUGCAGACGCUACCCCAAAAUUAGAGGAAAGUAUUUAAUUUUUUUUGAGGGGGGGGGGGAACCUCCUUUAUAAAAUAUAUACAAGUAGCCAAAAUAGAAAGAAAACUGUUGUUCAUUUGUGUGAAUGUUAUGUUUGCAUUUGGUUAGUUGAAUAACUCAGAAGAUCACACAUUUUUCCGAAAAUAUUUUAAAUAGUUUUACAGUUUCAGAAGAUUAACUGUAUUCAGAUUUUCAGCCUGCUCCUUGUGUUUAAACAGAAUCGAGUAGGUGCCAUUUCAUCCAUAGGAAUGUAAGUUACCCUUUGGGUGACUAGAUAGGCCUACAAAACCACUAAGUGGACACAUUACUUCAUUAAUUAUCAUGGGAAGAAUAAAAA